GUGAUUCAUAGGGAGAUAGUUAUUGUGGUACAAUGUAAGAAUGGCUGCUGCCGCCACAAUGCUCUCCAUACAGGGGGACUGGGACCAGGUCCUGAGGGAGGCUGAGGGGGAAGUCUGGGUAUCGUGCAAGAUUCCUGGAAAGCCCACGAUACGCGGCAGCCUGACGUCAAAGGGAAUAAGUUCUGAUGAGGUUCCGGAAGUGACCGCCUCCGAGGAGUUUGUUGUGCAGGAAGUCACCAAGAAUAGAAUCCCUGUUUCCUGCCCCGGGGAGAAUAUUUCCAGCACAUUUCUGUCUCCUUAUGCAAGUUUCUCCCACAUCCAUGAAAAAAACGUCAGCUACUUGGACAUCUCCAGCGGAGGGGACCUGGGAGUCUCCAGCAGCACAGAUCAGACCUUUAAGGUGUGGGAGACCCAUAAUACAGAAGUAAAGAGCGUGCUGGAAGGUCACACAAGGGACGUCUUUUCCUGCAAGUUCUUCCCUUCGGGGCAGGAGGUGCUGAGCGGCGGGUUGGAUUCGCUGGUGAAGGUCUGGUCCGUUAAUGAUGGAAGCUGCUUAGCGACGAUGAAAGGACACAGAGGAAGUAUCCUGGACAUAGCUGUUGUGGCCGAUGGACAGAAUGUCAUUUCCUCGGGGCAGGACGGCACGGCUCGGUUAUGGGACUCUGCCCAAGGCGCCUGCAUAGCUGUGGUCGAUGACUCCUACUCUCCUAUCAACGCCAUCGCUGUGGCCGAGGUUGGAAACGCAGUCAAUCUGGGCUCUCCCAAGGAAACUCCUAGUAACAGGGAAGUAGGAACAGAAGGCAAGCUGGUGGUACUGGCCCGAGAGGAUAAGUCAUUGGAGGAAGUGAGCCUGCACAGCCGCCAAUCAGUGGUGCCCCAGACUCCCCUGCUGCCCUGGACCGCUUCACUCUAGCCAGCUGGCCAUUCAGAUUUUGCACAAAGCUACAGUCCUCUUAUAGUCCAUUGAUAUUGCCCUGCAGUGGCUACAAGGACACAACCAGUGGGCAACAUCUCCACAGAUCAGGACCUCAGGGCCAUUACCACUAUACUGAACCCGGAAAUGGACAAGUCGAAAAACCCCAGGGGAGGCGCUGAAACCCUCCAGCGGAUUGGGCACCAUGGAAAGAACCUCCGAGGCUGCAGAAUCCCACAGGCACCCAGGUCUGGAUUGUUAUGACGUUCCUGACUUGGCAGAUGAUGAUGUCUCCCAGCUUUAUGAAGCUUUGGAUGAACUUUCAUUGGUAGAUGGAGCUCAAGUUAUUGAUUCAGAAACUGCUUUGCCCCAUGUCUCCAGUACAGUAAAUGCCUCCUGUAUGGCUACAGCCUUGGACGAUAAUGCUAACUGUUAGUAACCAACUGGGCCUUUCCUAAAAUAUAGACAGAAAAGGGUCCGACUGUUGCUCAGAGCAAAGGCAGAAAAGCAAAGCGCAAAGGAAAACUGAAGCGUUCCCAGUCUCCAACAAGUGAGUCCCAUGACUCGGGCCGGGUCGGCGGGCCGGUACCAGUGCGGCACGUAUGGCCACAAGUGACCCAUAGCUCAUUACUGCAGUCUCCAAGCAAGUGGGACAUUAGGCUCCUGAAAGCCAAAUUAGCACAGCCUGCUGGGAGCUCAGAAAUCUAUUCGGCAGAAGGUUUCCCAGAGUUGGGGGCAGUUGUUCCUCAUGGUACAAUGACUUAACUCUGCAGGUCCCCAAUCCAAGUAGCUCAGCUCUUCAAUUGCCCCUCUCCCCUAUCUUCUCAUUAAACUUUCAAGCCCACAAAUCUUUUUCGUGCUGUCGUCAAAGUGGGCCUCCACUCCUGGGCAGAACAUGGAACUUAACAGCCAAAAGUCACAAAUGGUGACUUAUUCCAAAAGUGAUUAAUUGUUGCACCAUGUCCGAUGGAAUGGCAGAACAUAAUGAACACUCUCUACCUGUUAAGUGCCCUACUGGGGGGUGUCAUGGUGGUUGGUGGAGAAGGAUCCAUUAACUGCUAAGUAUCUGCAUGGAGGAUUUUGUUUUUUGUUCCCAAGGG